UGGGGCAGAGGGGUGGGACAAGGCCGCCUUGGUGUUGUUACCGGAAGUGGCCGUUGUAAAUUUCUCCUCGAGCUGAGGGCGGGGCGGCGUGGGUUUUUGGUCAUCUCUGGGUCCUAACGCCGAGCCUGUCCCAUCGUCCAUUCCCACCUAGCCCGGACUCUGCUAUUCCUGCCUCCCUGCCUGCCGGCCGGCCCGGUGCUGCCAGUCACUGCUCCCCGGCAGGGCUGCCCCGCAGAGGCUAUCUGAGGGUCAGAAAAUGACAAGGCAGAGCUGACUUACAGGUUUUAAUAGAUCCAUAUGAUGCAAAGAGAAGUUCUCUGAAGUGUCUCAGUUUCUGUAAAAGAAUAUAAUUGAAGAUUAUGUUCGUUAUCCAGACACUAUAAAUUAAAAAGUUGGAGAUUCAUCAUCAUGAAUUCUACCCCUCCAAUCAGUUACACUAUUCCUGAAAUCAAACGCCUACACUGUAUCCAGAGUGAGUUGAGGCUACUGCAAAAUAGUAGUCAGUCAGAGCUGGAUGUUACUGAAGAUCUGAGAAGGAAACUUCAUCAAGCCAAAAAAGAAAAACUGGACAUAACCACUAAACAUAACCAAGAUCUGUCCAACUAUGAAAGCCAGAUUGCCAGGUUGCGAUCUGAAGUUGAGAAAGGAGAGGCCAUUCGACAAAGUCUGGAGUAUGAACUUGUCAUUGCCAGAAAAGAUGCUGGUCUUGAAAGAUACUCCGCAGAGGAAAAAUUAUGUGAAGCUAGCAAUCGAUUUCAGCAGCUGCAAGCCAUGAAUGCAGAGCUUCAGCAGAAAUUGGCUGAGACGGAAAAAGUGUUUCAUAUUUCUCAGCAGAAUUGGAAGGAACAGCAGCAAAGACUUACAAAUGACUUAGAGGAGAAAGAUAACAUCCUCAAGACCUGCAAUAGUGAAUAUGAGUUACUUCUGAAGGAGAGGACUAAACUGGAAAACGUUAUACAGGAGACUCUGGAGCAUCACAAGGAGCAGAGGGAUAUGAUGGAAUUGCAAAUCAGAGAGACAGCAGUAAAGGAGUUCAGGUUUCAGUUAGAGCAGUGUGAAGCAGGAAGAAGAGAGUUCCAGUUUAUGUUGCAGGAACGGAACAAUGCACUGCAGAAUAUGCAUAAGAAAAUACAAGAUCUGGAAUUGGAACAUAAUGACUGCACUGACAUUCUCCGGCGACAGGCCAGUGAACUUGAAUACAGUACUGAACGAGAGGAGAGACUUAAAAAAGAUCUUGAGGCAGCUACUGUGAGAGUGAAGAAAUUGGAAGAAAAUAUUGAGGCAGAGAGAGCAGCACAUCUGGAAUCCAAAUUUAAUUCUGAAAUUAUCCAGUUAAGGAUUCGAGACCUUGAAGGAGCUUUGCAGGUAGAAAAAGCCAGCCAAGCAGAAGCUCUUUCUGAUUUGGAAAUGAUCAAGAAAGAGUUCAAAGAGGUGGAAAACGCAUAUGAGAGAGAGAAACGUAAUGCCCAAGAGAGCUUGGAAAAACUCAAUAUAUUCGAAAAAGAGUAUUUUUCUACAAACAAGCAACUAAAUGAAGAGAUUGAGGAAAAGAAGAAAGUAAUUACAGACCUCUCUGAGAGACUCCAGGAUAAUGAAAAAAGUUGCAAAGAAUUACAGGAGGAACUUGCAAAGGCCAAGAAACGCCAGGCCUUCCUAACAGAGAUGUGUGAAAACAACGUGAGAGAACUGGAGUUACUCUUGGACAGCUUUACUAUGUCAAGCCAGCGGACAGCAGGCAGUCACAAGGACAAAGUUAAACCUCCAAGCCUCUCUGUUGUCCUUGAGACUUUGAGGAAUACCUUGACAGAUUACCAGAACAAGCUGGAAGAUACAUCUAAUGAGCUAAAGAAAAUGAAAGCUUCACGUGAGAAGAUGACAAAAGAGGUUGAUUCAUCCAAACAAAAAAUAUGGUCUCAAAGUCAAGACCUUAAGGAAGCUCAGGAUAACCUGGCUGAUGCCAAUGAAGAGUUAAAUCAUCUACGCACUAAGUGUGCAGACAGAGAGGCUUUAAUAGGCACUUUAAAAAUGGAACUGCAGAAUGUACUUCACUGCUGGGAGAAAGAGAAAGUCCGUGCCACAGAAUCAGAAAAUGAAAUCCAGAAGCUUACCAGGGCUUACCAGAAGGAUACUGAGGAGAAGCUAACUUUCCUCCAUACUUUAUAUCAGCAUUUGGUAGCAGGCUGUGUGCUUAUAAAACAACCAGAAGGCAUCCUGGAUAAAUUCUCCUGGCCUGAGCUUUGUGCAAUCUUGCAGGAGAAUGUUGAUGCCCUGAUCUUAGACCUCAGCAGGGCUAAUGAGAAGAUAUCUCAUCUAGAAUAUAUUUGCAAGAACAAGUCUGAUACCAUGAGGGAACUUCAACAGACCCAGGAAGACACUUUUAACAAAGUGGCUGAGCAGAUGAAAGCACAGGAAAGCUGUUGGCAGAAACAGAAAAAGGAGUUGGAGCAGCAGUACUCAGGAAUCCUUGGGGAAGUUCAUGCAAGGGCACAGAAAUAUCAAGAAACUGCAGAAAAAGCCAAGGAAAGAUGUUCUGUCAUUGAAAAAGCACGAGAGCAGUUGGUCCAUGAAAAUUCACAGUUGAAAAGUAUAUUAAUACAGACACAAAAGGAACAUACGUCUCUGCUGGCUGCCUGUGCACUCAUGAGUGGUGCCUUAUAUCCUCUGUACAGCCGAUUAUGUGCCUUGUCUACACAAAGAGACUUUCUCCAGGAUCAGGUCCACACCUAUGAAGUACUCAAACAGGAAAUUAGGACUCUGGUCUAUGCUUUGUCUGAUGCAGAGGAAAAGAGGCAGGAUGAAGCGAAGAUAAAGAAAAAGCAUUUCAAAGGCAUGAUACAUGUAUUCCGGAAAGGUGUUAUUGCAGUUCUGGCAGCACACAGACUUCAAAUUUUGGGACAGUCAAGUAGCUCUCUUUUCUCCUGGGUAGAUGGUUUCAAAGAAGGCAUAGGAAUCCUAGUUUGCAUAGGAGAGGCCAAGAGGAAACAUAAUCUAUCAAAACACCAAAAGGAACAAAUCCACUGUCUUCAAGCACUCAACUGGUUUACUAGUUCUGACCUUCUUGCUGCAAUAAUCAGUUCGGUGGCUGAAUUACAGGAAGUUGUUAGCAAAACAGAUCCAAAUUCCUGGCUUUGCGGACACUUACUCAUAAGUGCAGCCAGGAAUUCUUUUUCUAAACUCAUGGACAAACUGAAUGUACUAAUGGAGACUAUAGCAGUGGAUAGCAGCAGGACCAUCACAUAUGUAGAGAAGGACUCCUUGGUUCAAAGACUGGCUCGUGGACUUCAUAAAAUAAAUGCACAGGCACUAAAAGCUGGACUAGGUGAUAGAACACCCAUUACAAAAAGCAUAGCGUCCUUGCAGAAGCAAAUAUUUGAAUUUACACAAAGGCUGCAUACAGCAGAAGUGGAACGCCGUUCACUACGCUUAGAACUCACAGAAUUCAAACGGAAUUUGAAUGAGAUGAAAAAAGAGGCUGACAAAGCCCAGAGCCUGCAAGAGCAAUUAAAUGCAUUUAAGCAAUCUAAAUUGAUCACCCAUGAGAGGUUUGAAAGUGCAUGCGAAGAACUGAAUAAUGCAUUACAUCGAGAGCAGCAGGCACAAAUGCUUUUGAAUGAGCAGGCACAACAGCUACAGGAGUUAAAUUAUAAACUGGAAUUGCACUCAAGUGAAGAAGCGGACAAAAACCAAACCCUAAGUGAAGCUGUAAAGAGUCUCUCCGAGGCAAAGAUGGAGCUGAGAAGAAAAGAUCAAUCUCUGCGUCAGCUCAAUAGACAUCUUACCCAGCUGGAGCAGGACAAGCGUCGACUGGAAGAGAGCAUCCACGAUGCAGAGAGUGCCCUCCGCAUGGCAGCAAAAGAUAAAGAAUUAAUUGCCAGUCAUAUGAAAUCUGUGGAAGCCACCCUACAGAAGGUCAGAGAUCAGAUCUCGCUGUCACGGACUGCGGCAACCAGGAAUGACUUCACCCUGCAGCUACCCAAACUGCACCUGGAGACCUUUGCAAUGGAAGGGCUGAAGGGCGGGCCAGAGGUUGUAGCAUUUCAGGCUCUGAUUAUAAGUUUUAUGGAUGUCUACCAACUCGCAAGCUCCAGAGUUGCUACACUAGAGAGAGAAAUAGCAUCUCAUCGACAUCACAUUGCAGCCCUGAAAUCAGAACUCCAAACAGCUUGUCUUCGUGAAAAUGAAAGCUUACAAUCACUGUCCGGGCAGAUGUACACCAUUGGACAGGGUCACCAUCAGGCUUUCAAACUAUGUCUGGCUUCCAGGCUUCUUCACUUGGGAUUUUGGAAACAAAGCACUCAAAAGAAUCACAAGACAGUUCAAACGUCCCCGUGGCUUCAAGAUCAGCACUUCAGCCCGACCAGAGCUGUAUCCCAGAUUUUUUGCCAUUGCAAGCUGAGGCAGAUACAUCUUACAGUUUUAUACACAAUAGACCCCAUUCUCAGUCUUCAUCCUAUUCCUCUGCCCUCAACAUCUCAGCCAGCACCAAAAGAACAAUACAAAACGGCUUUUAAGACUUUGUAUUAAUUUUAUGAGGAAAAAACUGUAUACAUUUUAAAUGAUGCAAUUAAAAUGAUAUUUUAUUGGGCUAUCUUACCUUUGAA